AGAAGCUAAUGAAAUGAUUUAAUUCGUAAACUUAGAUCAGAAUGGAACUGGAAGAUAGUGCCGCAAUUCACGUGGAAGCCAUCGAAGUAAUUUUAAAUCACAUACUUUACGUACGCGGCGUUUAUCCAGCACAAGUAUUUAAAAAACGCCGUGUUUACAACACGCCGGUUUUUAUUAUCGCCUUCCCCGGAUUAAACUCUUAUCUUGGAAAUGUGCUGAAGACAGUGCAACAUUUGCUGCAGCAAUCAGCUCAGCAGCACUUGCAGCUGGAAGUCAUUGUGUAUGCCACAGAGUCGGCGCAUCUGGAAAGGUAUCUGCUGGAAAUUCAACCCGUUUUCGACAAGCAGCAGCAAACACAGGAUCAGUAUUUAAUCGAAUACGAGCAACAAUUGAGCGCUGCUCUGUACAAAAUGGCAGAGCGCGUUAAGCAAUUACCAAAAUUGGGGAACAAUGCCAAAUUCAAGGUGCAAAUUCACACGACACAAACGGCUUUCACUCAACUCAGCCACGAAGCACAGUAUCAGGAAUUUCCCUGGCUGCAGGCGACCGAAAGUCCACAGCAGCAGCUGGAAUCACGUAAAAUUUCCCUACUUCCGCUAGCAACAGUCGACAAAUUGGGCCUCAAAAUGGAGGCACACAUAUCUAGUUGAUUUUAAUUGCCUGAUUACAAAUCAUCUAUUAUUAUCUAUAAAUAAUUAAUUAUUA